AUGGAGAAACUGGAUGAAGUAACCGUAUCCAUCCUUAAAGCUGCAAGCAUUGACGAGCGAAUGCUUUUAACAUUGAACCGUGAUGAUCUGAGGGACCUGUUUCCUGGGCCUGAGCACUUUAUCAGAAGAAAACAUGUGUGGUCAAUAAUUCAUCCUGAGGAAGACCAUCCUGUACCACAGAAACCUGAAACAACUUCACCCAGAGUUGCAACAGCCAGCCCUCGAACUGCUGAUGCGUAUAAAAGCCCGCUGAAAACCUUGCAGCUACCCAGUCCUCCGGAAUAUGUUGUCUACACAGACAACCUCGAGUUUGAAGCCAGAAGAGCCUUCAUUGACUCUGACUCCAUGAAGGAGGAGAACAGAGCGUCACUCAUCUUGGAUGCAUAUCCUUGCUUCAAAGAAUUGCAUCAUGCGUUGGGUGAGCUGCGCAGAAUUUUGGAGCCAGAAAACAAGAAGUUCAUAAGUCAGAUAAAACUAAGAUGGGAGGAAUUCUGCUCCAGGGUAGAAUUCUAUGGCGUGUCAAAGAAGGCAAUGAAGCCGCCGAUGACCAUGGACAAAACUGAAGCCCACCUUGCAUUGAUGAAGGCUCUUCCAACGCUCUUUCCCUCACCUGCCCAUCCACCAAAAAAGAUGGGGACUCCUUGUCAAGCGUUUCUACAUGUCCUGAAGCCUACAGAAGAUCCAGAUUCUGUCCUCCAGAAACGAAGCUUGCCAUGUCCAGUAGUGGUGUUCGAUGGCAGCAAGUGUGUCAUUGCAGUUGAAUAA